AUGGAUGGGCAUAUGAUGGGUGGAAGGGGAGAGAUGGAUGGAUAUAUAAUGGGUGAAAGGGGAGAGAUGGAUGGAACUAUGAUGGGUGGAAGGGAAGAAAUGGAUGGACAUAUGGUGGGGAGAGGGGGAGAGAUGGAUGGACGUAUAAUGGGUGGAAGGGAAAAGAUGGAUGGACAAAUGAUGGGUCGAAGGGGAGAAAUGGAUGAAUAUAUAAUGGGUGGAGGGGGAGAGAUUGAUGGACCUAUUAUUUGUGGUUUGGAAGAGAUGGAUGGACAAAUGAUGGGUGGAGGUGGAGAGAUGGAUGGAACUAUGAUGGGGAGAGGGGGAGAGAAGGAUGGACAUAUAAUGGGUGGAGGGGGAGAGAUCGAUGGACCUAUGAUUUGUGGUUUGGAAGAGAUGGAUGGACAAAUGAUGAAUGGAAGGGGAGAGAUGGAUGGGCAUAUGAUGGGUGGAGGGGGAGAGAUGGAUGGACAUAUGGUGGGAAGAGGGGGAGAGAUGGAUGGACGUAUAAUGGGUAGAAGGGAAAAGAUGGAUGGACAAAUGAUGAAUGGAAGGGAAGAGAUUGAUGAAUAUAUAAUAGGUGGAAGGGGAGAUAUGGAUGGAACUAUGAUGGGUGGAAGAGGAGAGAUGGAUGGACAUAUAAUGGGUGGAAGGGGAGAGAUGGAUGGAACUAUGAUGGGUGGAGGGGGAGAGAUGGAUGGACAUAUGGUGGGGAGAGGGGGAGAGAUGGAUGGACAUAUAAAGGGUUAA